AAGCCAAAUCGAGGUAUAAAAUUAUGUCCUUUGAUAUGUCUUUCUCUCCUUAUUCAAUGUGGUAUCAAUCAAGAUAUUAUUAAUGUGACUGAAGAGAAUGAGUACUUAUAAAUUCAAAGGAAGGGCAGACCAUUUAGCUCCAGUAAUAAGAGACUCAAUCUACCUUCAAGAUAUUGAUGUGACUGAAGAUAAUGAGCUGGAACAGUUCUUGUGCUACAAUAAUCCACCAGUAGUGAGGGACACACUUGUAGUAUUAUCUACUAACAUCACUCAUUACAUUAGUGGUAAUGUAUCAUUCUGUAUGAUCAAUACUACCUACUCACUGAAUAUAACCAGUAAUUCAUCAGGACCAGCUACCAUUAACUGUAAUCAACCUGGUAACCACUUACAUUGGCAAACCACUGGAUUUUCUUUCAUUUAUGUACACAGCCUGACACUACAAAGGUUAGUAUUUAGAGGUUGUGGUAGUUUUUUAAAGAACAGUACAAUCAUUGAUGUCAUUAAUUCUACUGAAUAUCCAUUUCAUUUCACUCAAUAUCAAUCAGCUGUGUUACUAUUUCCGUACAUUAAUAUUCUAUUGAUUGAAAAUGUUACCAUUACUUAUUAUUAUGGUUUUGCUAUACUAGCCAUUAACCCAGUGAAUGCAACAAUGAAUAGCUUAACUAUUAGUGUGUCAAGGAAAUUUGUUAAUCACAUUAUCUCUGAAAAUACAUAUAUUGGUACUGGUGCUCUAUUGUACUUCACUCAGGAUUACAUUAUUACUGACAUACACACUGUAAUUAGUAACUGAAAAUAGUGAAAGCAUUAGCACUAGCCAUAUUCUGCAGUUUCAUCAUAAAUCUGUUAUAAGUGCAGUUGGGUUAACUGUUCUUUAUGCUCAAAUAAACUA